CAAACCACAAUGUAAACAACCAGUAAUUUAACUGUACCCUUGUCCCCAAUUUCUGAAUUUCAGUUUUUGACUUCACAAGCAAAGAAGUCAAACUACUCCCUUAACUACGCUAGCAGCAAUGCAGUGCCACUCUCACAGCCCUUGGAGUAUGCUGUUUUUCAUGAUUGCUCUAUGGCUUGGUGCAGAUUGUCUUCAGAUAGAAGCCAUUGAUGAUCAUGAUGAUUGCAAAAAUGCUAAUUUAGCCAAUUUGACUCAGCAGCUAAAGACAUUUUCCCAGUGCUUUGAGAAAAUACUUCCCCAUGACAGAAAUAAAAUUAAUGCCCUUGCAUGGAGAGUGCAACAGGUACUUGAGCUCCUGCGAGAAACUCAGGCAAAAGCUUGCAAGGCACCAGACAAGUGCUCCCUUCCUCUGGCCCCUCCGAAUGGUGGUCUGGUGUGUGUCAGCAUUGAUUGUGUCUACUACUGCAAGCCAAUGUGCAACCAUGAUUAUGACUUUGGAUUCCUAAGAAGAAGCAGGAUAUAUGAGAAAUGUGGAAGUUCCACUGGGUUUUCGUGGACAACACAGCUAGUUGGCGGAAACAGGCUAGCUGUUUGCAAUCCUGCAUCAACUGCUAUAAGUGGAGUUGCAUCUGCUUACUUCCCUCCUAAUGUAACCUGCUGGGAGACCAUAGCUAAUGCCACUGCUGAAAAACACCACAUAGAUACCUUUCUUGGAGACCUUGCCGAAGAAAGGUUGGAUGUGUCUGGCAAACAUGAAAAAGAUUUUGAUUGUAUAAUUUGUGGUAACUAGAUAUCAGCAAGUCCAAUAAACUUGAAGCACAGAGUGGAGGCCUAUUUUAUUUUGAAAGCAGGGUAAUUUGGUUUAAUCAGUUCACAAAGAAACUGAUGGAUUGUCACUUAGUUGUAUGAGCAUCAGUUUAAGAGGGAAAAAAAUCAAGAAUGCAUCUAAAAUUUGCAUAAGUUUCAGCUCUAGAGGUCUUUAAAUAUGUAGUUUAUAUUCAGUUCACUGUCUAUAUUCAAGCACAUGUGAUAAAGAUAUGUUUGGUAAAGAAAAUAUUCAUAUAAAAUAAAUUUGUUCAAAAAUACUCAUUUAACAGCCCUUGAGAUAAAGCCUCAGAAUAAGUAGAGUACAUACAGUGGCAGCAUUGACUUUUCCCAUGCCUAAGUGUAUCAUCCAUGAUGUGAAAGGGUCAUUCUUGGAAUACAACUCUUGCUCUGGGUUCAAGAAAAUACUUUUAGUUAUGGAAGGUACUGCCUUUCAAAUAAGACAUAAAAACUUAUGAUGCAAAGAAUGGGCAGAUCUAGGAGUUUGAAAAGGAGGGUGCAUCAUCACAGAUAUCCUGAUGCAUAAUUUAUCCAGUUAAAAAGAAACUAGAAGCUUUACUAAUGUGCUAGGGUAGGGGGUUUCUAACCUUUUAACCUUUUGGUGGUGGAGGCUGGACACGGAGUGGGGGGGGCGGGACUUGCACGUGGCGGCCACUGUGCCACCCACCACUCUGUGCCGCCACCACCACACACCAUCCUGCACCACUGCUACAUCCCAGUUUCCCAUGGCUGGUCACACACGCGGCUCCACGGGCUGCUGACAGGUCUCGCACCCGACAAUUGUGUCCUGGUUGUCAGCAGCCCACAGAGCCGCAUGUGCAACCAGCCAUGGGAAAGUGGUAUGUGGUGGUGGUAUGGGGCGGCAGGCAGUGGUGGCGGCACGGACUGGUGGAUGCCAGUGGCAGCCACUGCUAGUGAGCUCCUCCCCCUCCCCCUUCUCCUCCCCCCCAUUGUAAUUGCCUUUGGCCCCUCCCCCCAGCCCUGCUUCUGGGAGGUGGUGGCACGGGGUAGUGGGUGGUGGCACUCUGUCCUCAUCCACCUGCAUGUACCCCCAAGGACCUUUCCAAGUACCCCUAGGGGUACAUGUACCCCUGGUUGACAACCCCUGUGCUAGGGGUCUAGGGCUACAUUAUUCAAUUAAAGUUGAAAGCAAAGUCAAAUAUAACUUUAUUGGAAUGUGCACUAAUAUGCUACAUUAUAUAUUAAACAUAUAAACACAACACACUAGGUAAAUAAUAUCAAAGCUAUUGUUUCAUUAGACUUGUGGACAUUAGAAUUAAAAGGACAUCUCUUAUUUAAAUUCAUAAAAUGAAUGUCUUGACAGAGCAUCCAACACUUCACUGACUUAUUUCCACAUCUGAGUGAGAUCUGCCAGGUGCUGGACUGCAGCAGACAUUUUCUCACAGAGUGUAGUGAAGGGGGUUAUGGCAAAACAUGACGCAUUAAAUUUCAAGCUGCUGUCUUUAAAGUUGAACUAGGGCUUUCACUAUUUCCCUUCAGGCAGGAGGAGAGGGAUUAAGUUUGGCUGCACACCUGGAAAAACUCUACAUGUAGCAGCCCUUUUCUACCUCAAAGGAAGCUGUUACCAACAGAGCUUGGUGGAUGGUGUACGAUCUUCACCCCAUGCCCAGGAAGAUAUUUACCUGUAUUAGCAGCAAAGGGAGGUGGGAAAUGGGGGUCUGUGUGGGGGACAGGUAAAGUAUCAUCAAAAGAAGAAUUAACCCUUUGAUGGGAGAAAGAUUUCUAGGGCAGAAUUUAAAAGAGAAGAGCAGGAGUGGAGGGUCUAUGUGGAGUAGGGCAGGAAAGAAGGUAUGGAACUUCUUCAAAAGUGGAAAAGCACCAGCCCGCAGGAAGUGACAGGCCAGCUGGUAAUGAUUUGGCCCAGGGGUUUUGAACAUGCAAAAGAUGAAUGGAGGGCUUCGGAUUCCUUUUCCUCACCAAUCAGGCCCCAGAGACUCACCCUCCAUGUCCCCUGAUUGGCCUCUUGGGUCACCUGGAGGGGGAUAAAAGGGGCAGCCCAGCUGACUCAGGGAGACGAGUGAGGGACCAUGAGGAAGGAGCUUCAAAGAGCUGGCAAGAGCUGAGCCAGCGGGCCAGAAGCAGUUGCCUCAGAAGAACCUGAAGGAGUGGGACCUGCAGGCAGCAGUUGGACCCUCAGCAAUACAGGCUGCGGCCAGCAGGAGAGAUUCCCCAGCUCCAGCAAGAGGCCAGGAAACUCGAGGUGAGGCAGGGGAUCCUGGAAGGUCAAAACCCCUAGCAGUGUGGAACAGUACCAGCACUGGUGGCUGUGUGGCAGAGUUUCUGCCUACCAUGUGGGAGAUCUGAAUUCAAGUGUCAGCUGGGGUGAGUGAUGUGACAGGGAGAAAUUCUUGUUGCAGUGGGAAAGGGGUCAUUGUGUUUUCCCUCUUUCUCCACUCCAGGUACCAAGGCCCUAUAUUUCUUAUUUGACAUUUUGUAUUUUGUGCAUUUUAUAUUUCACCACCCAGUAUUGUUUAUUCUGCUGUUUGUGUUUUAUAUUUUGUUAAACCUGUCUUUUUGUCAACUGGAUGAAUAUGUGUAUGAUUGUAAGUGCCUAACCUUUAUUGAAUUGUGCCCCCUUGGGGCAUUGUAGUGUCCCCUAUACCCCCUGGUUUAUACAUGUUAUGUUUCCACUGCUGUUUUCUCAUUAAAAGGUAUAUGGUUAAGU